CUCGGGCAACAGGCGGCAAUCUAAACCUGGGCAGGGGCCUCGGGCAACAGGCGGCAAUCUACCCCUGGGCAGGGGUCUCGAGCAACAGGUGGCAACCUACCACUGGGCAGGGGCCUCGGCAACAGGCGGCAAUCUGCCCCUGGGCAGGGGUCUUGGGGACUCAACGGGACUCUAGCUGUGGAGUCUGGCCUCAGCACAGCUCCCACCCAGCUUUCUAGGAACAUUGGGUUCACGGGGACUCAACGGGUAGCGAUGGCUCAAGCACUCAGGGGCACCACAGGUAGCUAUACUCCGGACACGCCAUGGGGUGGUUCAAGUAAGGGGCAGUGCAUAACCCCGGUGGUCUGUGCGCACAACCGAGACAGUUCAAGACACGGGUGGUCGGUGCACACACUGGGGACAGUUCAGAACACGGGUGGUCGGUGCACACAGCAGGCACAGUUCAGGACACAGGUGGUCAGUGAACACAACAGGGACAGUUCAGGACACAGGUGGUCGGUGCACACAGCAGGGACAGUUCAGAAUACAGGUGGUCGGUGCACACAGCGUGGACAGUUCAGAAUACGGGUGGUCGGUGCACACAGCGGGGACAGUUCAGAAUACGGGUGGUCGGUGCACACAGCGGGGACAGUUCAGGACACGGGUGGUCGGUGCACA